ACAAGAGAAGAAAACCCAAGAGAGGAAGGUUCACCUUUAUAACGCCGAACAAAACAAAAAAGAUGCAGCUCUCUAGCAUUCCCCUUCUCGGCCUCCUCUUCUUCUCAAACCUGCAGCUAUUUUGCGCAUAUCCCGUCUACGACGGACUGAUGACCAAUGAUGACAUCGACGUCUUAAAGGAGCUUCUUUCCAGACUUGAAUCCAUUCCUGAGCGGAGAGAGCAAGCCCAAACAGAAUUGGACAACGUGAAUCCAGAAAACACCGUAUUGAUGGAGCAGGAAGAGAGAGGGCAACCGCAGACAGGACUGGACCAGGCCGUGAUCAGGGCGUUGCUCUCUGCACGGGACUUAAAGACUGUCCGAAACGACUCAGCAUCAAAGAGAUCCUCGGGCUGUUUUGGACGACGGCUUGACCGAAUCGGCUCAAUGAGUUCUCUUGGAUGCAAUACAGCGGGAAGAUUCAAUCCAAAGAGGAGAUGAUGUCUUACCAGCAAUACAAGGACCUCCAACGUUAUUACAUACCAAAGCUGAUUGUAUUCAUAGGCUAUUUAUUAAAUGUAUAUUUAUUUAAAUGUGUUAAUCGCUUAUAUUUAUUUGAACUGAUGUGAGAUUAAGUUGCCAUAUUAUUUUCUGUACCACUAAAAUAUUCAAUAAAUGUUUACAUUUGCGCA